GCGAAUGCGGUAGCCUACGAAAAAACAAGCAGGCGCAGCGCCGGAGAGACAAGACGGGCACAGUUUACCUCCACAUCACAAGAUCAUAUUUUGGAGCGGAAAUUUCACGCCCUGUCGGGUCGUGUUACUGUUAAAGACUGCUGAGGAUAUCCACGGGCAGAAACAAUAGGAUGCAGUUUAGACUUGGCUGGUGACUGGUCUACAGGCUCUCCACUUCUCUUGUCCCUGGAGUCAGCCAGUUGGGGGGCAGAUUCCUGCGUUCCCCUUCUCUCAGUCUGAGUCUUUGUCUGGACAAAACCAACUGCCCACUAUUGGAGUACACAGCUCGUCCUCGCCCGUGUUGCUUGGAUCAGCACAGCUCAUCUCCUGACUGAGGAGAGCGCAGCAGCUGCACAAGAUUCACCUUUUACCAACUGAUCCCUCCCGGCCCCGCCCACACUGCCCCCUCACCAUGGUGCUGUCACAACGGCAACGAGAUGAACUAAAUCGAGCGAUAGCCGAUUAUCUGCGUUCCAAUGGAUAUGAAGAAGCAUAUUCCACUUUCAAGAAGGAGGCGGAAUUAGAUAAUAAUGAAGAAUUGGAUAAGAAGUACGCCGGCCUUUUGGAAAAGAAAUGGACCUCAGUCAUCAGAUUACAAAAGAAGGUGAUGGAGCUUGAAUCCAAAUUGAAUGAAGCGAAGGAGGAGAUCACCCUGGGUGGGCCUGUAAGUCAGAAGCGAGACCCCAAAGAGUGGAUCCCACGUCCACCAGAGAGGUACGCGCUGAGCGGCCACCGCAGUCCAGUGACCCGCGUCAUCUUCCACCCAGUCUUCAGUGUCAUGGUGUCGGCUUCAGAGGACGCGACAAUAAAGGUGUGGGACUACGAGACAGGGGACUUUGAACGCACACUGAAGGGCCACACAGAUUCAGUGCAGGACAUCUCUUUUGACCAGACCGGCAAACUGCUCGCAUCUUGCUCUGCAGACAUGACUAUCAAGCUGUGGGAUUUCCAAGGCUUUGAGUGCAUCAGGACCAUGCACGGACAUGACCACAAUGUUUCGUCUGUAGCCAUCAUGCCCAAUGGAGAUCACAUCGUUUCUGCCUCAAGGGACAAAACCAUAAAAAUGUGGGAGGUGGCAACUGGCUACUGUGUGAAGACCUUCACAGGCCACAGGGAGUGGGUCCGUAUGGUGAGGCCCAACCAGGACGGCACACUGAUUGCCAGCUGCUCCAAUGACCAAACCGUGCGUGUGUGGGUGGUGGCCUCCAAAGAGUGCAAGGCUGAGCUGCGGGAGCACGAACAUGUGGUGGAGUGCAUCUCCUGGGCACCAGAGAGCGCCUACCCCACCAUCCAAGAGGCCACAGGCUCUGAGACCAAGAAGAGUGGUAAGCCAGGCCCAUUCCUGCUGUCUGGCUCCAGAGACAAAACCAUCAAGAUGUGGGAUGUUAGCAUUGGCAUGUGCCUUAUGACACUGGUCGGCCAUGACAACUGGGUGCGUGGCAUCCUCUUCCACCCCGGAGGCAAGUUUAUUGUGACCUGUGCAGAUGAUAAGACCUUAAGGAUCUGGGACUACAAGAACAAGCGCUGCAUGAAAACCCUGUGUGCCCACGAACACUUUGUUACCUCUCUGGAUUUCCACAAGGCUGCUCCCUAUGUGGUCACUGGGAGUGUAGAUCAAACAGUAAAAGUGUGGGAGUGCCGCUGAUUUGGACCUUGGAGGAUUGGACCACCACCCCCAAUUACCCAGGCGCUCCUCUGGAUCCCACCUCUCCUCCUGCCAUCCCACCUCCCCUCUCAUCCCCACUCCUCCUUUCCCCUCACCUAACCCAAACCUCACCCGCUCAUCAUCUCCUCCGGCUGCACUUACCACCAUGGUUAUUUACCCAUCGCGCUCUCUGGUCCAAUAACUAUUGUCCUUCUAUGUAAAUUAUUCCUGGAUGUAGAUCGAGCUAUUAAAUGUUACACAAAAAAGUAUUCUUGCAUGGUAAUCCAAAAUUGUAUACUGUAAAUUUACAUAACGUCUAGAAGUACCAUAGGUUUACCACGAGGCUGGCCGUCUGUCACGCAGCCUUACCGACCAACCGAAGGCAGAUGUUUUUGACUGGGUGUAAAAUGUAGGGCACUAAAAACCGAUAAUUUAAGAAAUGACAGUGUCUUUAUGUGUAAGAUUUAUUUUUGUCUAUUUUUUUAUUUAGGAUUUUUUUUUUCUGUUAUUUCUCUCCUUCACUGUCGUAGUCUGUUGGUGCCUAGCUUGGUGAAACGUUCGAGAGAUAAGGCUGGAGAAGCAUAUAUGAUGCGAUAAGAUACGAUUGUCUGUGGGGCUUUGUUAUUGAAAUAAUCUGUAGCUUUAUAACAUCACUUCUCAAGUGUGCAUACCAUUUCUCUUCAUGUGGAACUAGGUAAUAUUUUAAUGGCUGUAUAUACGAAUGUUUCAAACUGUUGUCCUUGGACCUCGGGGGCUUAAACACAGCUUUGUACUCUUGUCAUGGUGGCACAUGAACCACUGCUAGGCUCUAGAUAAAUGAUCCCAUUUAAUGAAUCUGCAGCGAAGAAUUAAAAAGAUGAAAUGUAUAAAAGUGGCUUUGUGGAUAACCGCACAGUUUUUCCACAAGAUGCCCAACGUAGAGAGCAAGUGUGUUUGGCUUCUGCUGUCAGCGAGCGCCCUGGGUGACAGAAUCACCUGAGCAGAGUUCAGGGAUUACACCUGAUUAUUCUCUAGCACUUGAUAAACCUCGGGUGUGUCUCCCGUAAGGAGGCGAUUUCCUGUGACCUUGCAUGCGAGACUUAUUAAACUGAAGCCUCUGUCCACUUCCAGUCCCCUGACCGGUCAGUCUCAGCGGGUCUCAGUGUAACAUAGGAACUGUGUAGAUGCUCAGUCGUCCCUCGGCGCCUCUGAAAGCUACAAACAGAAGCCUUGUGUAAAAUAAAUCUGCUAAACAGGAGACAUUAAGUAAGGCAUGAGGAGUCAAAGUGAGCCCCCUGGGUUUGAUAUCUGGGAUGUGCAAAGAUCUCUAAUUUCUGAGGGGUGAAAUAUAUGUUCUGCAUAAUAAAAAAUGGUUUUGAUUAAAAAAAAAAAAAAAAAAAGUUUUCUGUGAAAAUAUGAAAUGUAAAUUUAGCUUGUUAUUAGGAGAUUUGGCAAUUUUGUAUUAUCGCACUAAAGGAUGAACUGGAUGGGAAUUUAGGGUUAGUGAGGAAAUGCUAGCAGCAGACAUGCUAAGUGAUCUGUGGGUGCUGUUUUGGAGGAUCUCUACGGGCACACCCCGCAGACCACCUCACACGUAUGCAAACGUCUUCUGAGUUGCUUUCCUCAAACGUUCAGCUUGUGGUCUUCGCCGAGCUGUAACUGAACGACUGGAAAAAUAACUGUAAACCAGUCCACGCUGUAGAAACAACCAUUCCACUCCCCUCGAGGAGGACAAAAAAAAUGAACCAUCUUGCUAACUGUAGCUGACAAGGUGCUUCAUUAAUCUUGCACAUCCCUGUUUUCACUAAAUCUUUGGUCCUUUACCGACGAUCAAAGACGACAUUAAAAUUUAAGGAUGUUGAUAAAUGCAUAAACCUUAUAAUUUCUGAUUAGCCGUUUUCAUUCCAAUGCAGUCUUUGGCUAAUAAAGAAUUCCACUGCUUAACCGACCUUCGCUUCUUUGCCACGUUUUCCUCUUCCUGUGUGUACUGGAUGUGGUGAUCUGCUGCUCAAGCUCCUGCUAGUGGCUACUGUGAGCCUAACGUGACCUGUUGAUGUAGCACUGCUGCAUGUAAACCUGCGCCAGAGGCAGAGCUGUCGGAACGAUAGUUUAAAUGCUUAAAUACUGGAUCCUUUCAGAGACCAAUUGGUUUGAAUAAAGUGGUGGGAAACUGUCUGUGGAGCCUACUUUUGGGGAGUAUUUGCUGAGGGUUAGUUGAGAAUAUAUCACUCUAAUGUACAGUGUAUGCUGUAGAUAUGAAGCCAGUUAGCUUAGCUUAGCAUAAAUACUGGAAACAGAGGGAAAAAGCUAGCGUGGCUCUUUACAACACGAACAAAAUCCACCUAGUAGCACCAUUAAAACUCAAAAUUGACUUUAUUUUGUUAUGUUAAACCUGUUAAAAAACAAACAAAAAACAAUAUGCAAAAAUGACAAUAUUCCAUGUUAUGAGGGUGUCAUGUGCUGGACUACUUCUUGACUGGAACCAGUGACUUGAUGGGAGUCUCCGCUAGUUGCCUGCUAACAGAUGCUCAUUUCUAAUAUUUGUAAAGAUUUUAAAGGAAAGUUUUGACUGCACCUACCAUGGGUAUUCUUUGAAAACUGACAUUUGUGAAUUAGGAAUUUUGAACUAGUAAGGUGCUUGAGUCUCCCUGGUUGCCUGGCAACUGCCCCAUGUUAACCAGUCUUAAUGCUAAGCUAAGCUAACUGUCUCCAGCUACAUAUUUAUUGUACAAACAUGAGUGUGAUAUCAAUUUUCUCGCCUAGUCUAACUCUCUGCAAGAAAGUGGGUAAGUGUUUCUCCAAAUGUCAAACUGUCCUUGAUCAGCCGGCUCGAUGAGUUCAGACAGCUUUGUUCAAUGGUUGUGGAAAAGGCUGGUUUUGUUGUGUGUGAUGCUCUUCGAAGGAGGUCUACCUCCUCUUCUGUUAAUGCAAUGGGAUUGUGGCAGACUAGGAUGUCCCAAAGGAGAAUACCUCUCUUUCAGGGUAUAAAACUCAUGUCUCCCUUCGCUGUGUGCCCCUUUACAAAUGUCUUAUUUUUUUUCUACAAGCUGUUUUCUCUGUCCUGACCUCUGACGCAAAGACUUUGGGCGGAGAAUCGGCAGAUUUUGUAGUACAAUUUGGCAUGAUUCAUGAAGAUGCCAGUGUGUUAAAUGUUCUAGCUGAAGCCAAAAAUGGAGACAUUUGUCAGUACAAUCUGGUUUAGCUUGAGAAAUCAGCCUCCUUUUGUUGUUGAUAAUGAUGCUAGUCUCCUCAGGAUCACGCUAUGACAUGCCAGACCAUAAAAUGUAAACUAAAACCUUUCUGUCCUUGGUUGUACCCAAGGAAGGUGGUUAAUCAAAGGUCAGGACGAUGUGUGUUCUGUUUCUUUUGUAAGAAUCGGUGGAAACAAAAAAGCUACAGCACAGCUGGUGGUGUUGUAGGCAAGUGUGUGCCCUGAUGAAGAAAAUCCCCUUUUGCCAUUCGCAGGUCCCAAGCAAUCCCUGUUCUGCUCUGGUCUGGUGUGUGAAGGGACUGACAGACACGUUUUGACUGUCUGUGGGUCGUUUCCUCAGGCCUCAAGUUCACCUGUACUCUGUAACCUGCCUGUGAACCACAUCUGAGGGCUUCAGACUGCACAACAAGCUCCUACAGGAGAGCUUGUGAUGUUUUCGCCACUAAGGUCUCACUCUUCACUCAGCAAACUGUUAACAAUAUACCUGGAUGUCAUUAUUGUUUGCGAUAUAAUAAAAGAAGAAAAUCUG